CGCGCCACCUCUCUACGGCGUUGAGAUGGAAAACAUUACAAGUCCAGGACAUGUACUGUUUUCGACCUCACUGAUGUGGGUGUCACACAUCGCGCGCGAGGUGGCGAUAAUAAAUUAUAAGAGUUAGGUUAUCUCACUGCCUAGACAAACUUAAUAGUUGGAAGAAGUUAUUUUUGAGAACAACAAUGAUUAGUUCUAACGAGAGUGAUGAUAGUGCCGAAGGUUUGCAUGGGAGUAGAAAGCGAAAAAGGAAUCCGAAAGUUUGGAAAGACAAUAAAAGGAAAACUGCUGCUCUUAAAGGUGAAGCCUAUGUUUCUACAUCCGGAAAAAGGGUUGCACCAAAAUCAUCUGGGUCUCCAUGUGGGUGCAAGGAGAAGUGCACAGAGAAGUUUCCCGGUGAAGAAAAAACCAUCUUAAUUUCCAAACUAUAUGACGGUAGGCCCAAAAAUGAACGUGACACAUUUCUUCAAGGCCUAAUUGAGGUGACAACCAUUUCAAGACGUAGAGGACGAGUCCAAGCUAAUGCUAAGCCCAAAUCCGCAAGUUUUAAGUACUCUAUAUUGGAGAGCUCUGGAAACCGUGUGGCAGUAUGCAAGCGAGCUUUCAUGAGUAUUUACGGUGUGUCACAUAUGCAAAUUCAACGCUUAACUACAUUGCUUGUGGCCGGCGCAUCUCCAAGAGAUUUAAGGGGCCUACACAAUAACAGGCCACGUUCCAAAUCAGAUGAAGUACUAAUCAGAAUUAGGGAGCACAUAGAACGUUUCCCACGUAAAAGUACUCAUUAUUCUUCUAGAGUACAUCAAUACCUAGAUGCUAGGCUAAAUGUUAAAACAAUGCACUCUCUAUUUAUUAAAGAAAAUCCUGAUUUGCAGCAUGAUGUUAAGUAUGAAUUCUAUUUAAAGUACUUCAAGGAAAAUUAUGCACUCAAAUUUGGAAGACCACAGGUGGACGUCUGUUCCGAAUGCGAACGAUUAGGCGCCAAGAUUAAAAGUAAAGAUUUGAAUGAUAAUGCAAAGCGAGUGGCCACAGCAGAACUGAUAGUCCAUAAGCGACGUGCCAAAAAAUUUUAUAAUAAACUGCAGGAUAUCCAAAAACUCUGUCAAAAUCGACAUGAAGUUGCCGGUAUUACUUUAGAUUACAUUCAAAAUCUACCCCUCCCGAAUAUACCAGUUCAAGAGAUCUUUUAUUUUCGGCAACUAUGGGUAUAUGCUUUAGAAAUUCAUAAUUUAUCAGACAAUUCUGGACAUUUUUACACAUACCACGAAGGGCAUGCCUGCAAAGGACCAAACGAGGUCUGCACAUUCCUCAAAAACUACAUAGAGACUCACAUUCCUGGAAACGUGACAGAGCUGCAUAUAUUUUCUGACGGCUGUCCUGGUCAAAAUCGGAAUAACACAAUAGUGAGAUUUUUCCUAGCUCUACAAGCAACCAAACGGUUCAAAAAAAUUUAUCAUUAUUUUCCUGUACGGGGGCACUCGUUCUUGCCCUGCGAUAGAGACUUUGGAACUUUGAAAAAACUUGUACGAAGAAGCGACCGAGUGUAUUUACCAGAAGAAUAUCAAGAGAUGAUAGUAUCGUGCAGGAAGAACAACCCGUUUACUUUUAAAGAGAUUACCUACAAAGAUAUCAUUGACUUUAAAAAUUGGUGGCCUUCUAGCUACAAAAAAACUGCGUCUUCGAUACCUAAACCUGGUGAUACCACGCAGGCAUUCACUGUUUCAAAGUAUAGGCAGUUUGUUUAUGAUAGUUCUUCUCCAGGAUAUGUUACUACCUCUGAAUAUAUAGAUGGUUUUAUUUCUUAUACUUUUAAGCUCCUCAAACAGAACAAACCAAGUCCUCCUUUGCCAGAGAUACGCGCAUAUCAAGAGCCGGUUCCCGUCAACCAUAAGAAGAUCACCGAUAUCAAAAAAGUCAUGAAGUACAUUAACGGUGAAACAUUAGAAUUUUACUACCAUGUAACUUCCUGGAAGCAAAGCUACGCAAACGGAGAUCCCGAUGACUAA